ACAAGCUGGUGCCCGCCCACAGCCCCGCCCCUGGAGCCGGUUUCAGUCCCUGGCUCUGACCCACACUACGGCCCACCCUUGGACUCACUACGCAAGCGAGAACGCCUCGUCCGAGGCUUGGGUGCAAGGCCGCAGUCGCCCGCUGCCUCAACCCUGCAGGGCCCCACUGUCCGCGGCGGCUAGAUGCCGGAAACUGAAGCCCCUGCUCCAGCCCAAGACCGGAAGCGGAAGCGUCGAUGGGACAGAGGAAGAAAUAGCGGGGCGGCUCGCUGAACUGUGGGUACGGUCUUCUCCGCUGGGGGAUUGGAUUCACGUGACAAGUAAAUUAUUUCUGGGGUUCAAGUCUGAGUUGAAACCAGUCUCAAGGUUCACCUGUCCUCAUUGACACGUGGAUUUCUGUGUGAUCAGAGCCCAGUCCUGAGUGCACUGUGGGGACGAGAGGAGGGGCGUCCUGGUUCUCCAGCUCCCUGUUGCUGAGGAAGACGUCACUGUCUGAAUUGCAGGAUGGCGACCAUGGUCCUGUCCUCCAUUUGUGCUCAGUCAUCCCUGUACACAGCCCCUCACCAGAAAGGAUACACAGAGAAGGAAGGGUUGGCCCGUGGCUUCCUGACAGACUGGUUACAGGACUUGGUGACUUUCGAGGACGUGACCGUGGAGUUCACCCAGGAGGAGUGGGCACUGCUAGACUCUUCUCAGCGAAAACUGUACAGAGAUGUGAUGCUGGAGAACUGCAGGAACCUGGCGUGGCUUGGAUAUCAUGUUGAUAAACGCAGUCUGAUCUCCCAGUUGGAGCAAGAAGACAAGGUGAUAACAGAGGAAGGCGGGAUUCUCCCAGGCACCUGUCCAGAUUUGGAGACGGUACUUAAAGCAAAAUGGUUAACUCCAAAGAAGCAUAUUUUUAGAAAAGAACAUUCUAAUGGUGUUAGAGCGGAGAGAAGUCAUCUGGGAGUGAAACUCAAUGAAUGUAAUCAGUGUUUUAAAGUCUUCAGCACAAAAUCUAACCUUACUCAGCACAAAAGAAUUCAUACUGGAGAAAAACCCUAUGACUGUAAUCAGUGUGGAAAAUCCUUCAGCAGUAGAUCUUAUCUUACUAUUCAUAAGAGAAUACAUAAUGGGGAGAAACCCUAUGAAUGCAAUGACUGUGGGAAAGCCUUCAAUGAUCCUUCCUCUCUUAGACUGCAUGUGAGAAUUCACACUGGAGAAAAACCCUAUGAAUGUAACCAGUGUUUUCAUGUUUUCCGCACUAGUUGUAACCUCAAAAGCCACAAGAGAAUUCAUACGAGAGAGAAUCACCAUGAAUGUAAUCAGUGUGGCAAGGCCUUCAGCACGAGGUCCUCCCUUACUGGGCACAAUAGUAUUCAUACAGGAGAGAAGCCUUAUGAAUGCAAUGACUGUGGGAAAACCUUUAGGAAGAGCUCAUAUCUGACACAGCAUAUGAGAACUCAUACUGGAGAAAAACCCUAUGAGUGUAAUCAGUGUGGAAAGUCCUUCAGCAGUAGCUUUUCUCUUACUGUUCACAAGAGAAUACAUACUGGUGAGAAACCCUAUGAAUGCAGUAACUGUGGGAAAGCGUUUAAUAAUCUCUCAGCUGUUAAGAAACAUGUGAGAACUCACACUGGAGAAAAACCCUAUGAAUGUAAUCAUUGUGGAAAAUCUUUCACCACUAAUUCUUACCUUUCUGUGCACAAGAGAAUACAUAACAGGUGGAUAUGAAUGCAGUAACUGAUUUCUUAUCUUUCAGACAACUUGUGACAACUCACACUAGAUGUAUGAGUCAGCUGCUGUUUCAUAACAGAUUUCCCCUUGAAACAUAGUGGCUUUAAACAGCAAACAUAUAUUAUCUAUAGAUCAGGAAUUCAGAACCAGCUUAUCUGUGUAGUUCUGGUCAGGAUCUCAUGAGGUUGAAAUCAAGAUGUCAGCAGGAGCUGCCAUCCUCCACGUUAUUGCCAAAGAGUCCACUUCCAAAAUGGCUCACUGGCACACCUGGCAAGUUAGUAGCUGGUUGUUGGCAGGGAACCUCCUUUACUCACCAUGUUGGAUUCUCUACAGGGUUACAUAUCUUUAUGGUGUAGAAGCAGGGUCGUCCCAAAGCACUGGAUUUAAAGAAGAGCUAAUGCACAAGCUACAGUGUCUUUUAUGACCUCGUCCCAGAAGGACAUAUCAUCACUUCUUGAGUACUUUAAGGGUCACACAGAUCACUCCUGAUACAUUGUGGGAAGAGACCACGCUCAAUAUGAAUACCAGGAAAGAGAGAUUGUUGGGAACUAUCUGAGAAUUCACUGAAAGAGGGCCUUCAGGAGACCCUCUUUCUUUCAGUCUGUUCAAUAUGAAGUAAUAUUCAGUAACUCCUGUGUAAAUUCACUCAUGAAAGAAACCUCAUAAGUCCAAGCUUCAUGAUAAACUUUCAGCUCAAACGCACCCUAAUAUACACAAAAGGUUAUGUAUUGGGGAUAAAUCUGAGGAAUACAGUCGUGAUAUCCAGGGAGUCCUGUGGCAGUUCACACCAAAGGGAAGAUCCAAUGAGCAUCAUCAGAAUGUAAAAGCCUUUAGGGACAGUUGUCCCUUAAAAUGUCCCUUAGAACAUGUGUGAGAAAUCACUACAGAGGAACACUCAUGUAAGGAAUGUGGAAAACCCUGUAGCACAAGCGUUUUGUUAACAGAAGAUGAAAUUUCAAGUACCAAGUACUAUGGGAAAGCCUUCAGUGUUCUCUCCGUUUUUAAGAGACAUGAGGAUUGAUUCUGGAGAGAACAAACCAUUUAAUGGCAUCAGUAUUGGAAAACCUUCCAGUUUCCCACAUUCCUUAAACUUAUGAGUAUAAAGAAGGAGGGAAUGCCUUUAAUGAUAGCUCUUACACUAGGAAAAGUAUGAAAUUCCCGGAUGCAGAAACCUGUGAGUGGAUUAAUUUUGGAAAGUCGAUGACUUCUGUCUUUGUUGAAUUGUGAGAAGUCACCUGGGAGGGGUGGGAGGGGAGCCCAAGAAGGUACUCAGCAUGAGAUUGCCUUAGCUCUUCUCUCUGAGUGGCCGUGUAAUACUUUAAAAUGGGAAUGAAAAGUGUAAAUGUUAUAAGUGUGGGAUUACCUUUCAGUGUCUCAUCCUUAGGGUGGGGCAGCUAGUUCUUUAAUUUUCAGUCUUUUUAAUUAAGUAGCAACAUUUGUGUCUGCAGCUGUGCCCUAAAAUAAACCUUAAGUUAUGUUCUGUAGUUUUGUAUGUAAUACAUUUAUCAUCAGUGACUCUAAAACUACUAAUACAUUGCAUAUUCAUAAAGGUA